GACACCACUUCCCCAAUCUACAGGAGCCAUUUUAACAGCUUAAAACUUGCCGGAUUGCUUUUUAAUUUCAAGCCCAAAGGACUCUAUCUGAAGAGAAAGAAUGUUUGAAGAACAUGUUCAGGAAAAGGGGUUAAUCCUGAGUCCACAGGUAUGGACAGGUCUAGGCUGGGUGAUGCUAUAAAGCAAGAUGAUAUGAUAUGGUAGACUUUGGGAAGAGAACAGUGAUAGUGAAACCUUAGAGAUUUAAAGCAAUAAUAGAAACAUCUGCAGUCUACUUUCCAGUGAAAGUGUUAACCUAGGCCAAGACGCUUGAGAGAACAAAAUUUUCAUCAGAGUUGCCUCAGUUUGAGUAGAAUAUCGACAAACCAAGAGGAUUUGAAGCACCUUUCCUGAAGUAAACCUAUGUACAGAGUUCCUUCACAGCCUUAGUUUAGUUGAAGAUUUUACCCAAAUUGGUCCCUGUGCUCUGCUGCCUGAUAAUUGCACCUGCUUGGAACUUUUCUCAUGUGGAUCUAAGGGGAAUGCUUUAUUAUGGCUGCUGUUGUCCAACAGAACGACCUAGUAUUUGAAUUUGCUAGUAACGUCAUGGAGGAUGAACAGCAGCUUGGUGAUCCAGCGAUUUUUCCUGCAGUAAUUGUGGAACAUGUUCCUGGGGCGGAUAUUCUCAAUAGUUACGCUGGUCUGGCCUGUGUGGAAGAGCCCAAUGACAUGAUUACUGAGAGCUCCCUGGACGUUGCUGAGGAAGAAAUCAUUGAUGACGAUGACGACGAUAUCACCCUUACAGUUGAAGCUUCUUGUCAUAAUGGGGAUGAAACAAUUGAAACUAUUGAGGCUGCUGAGGCACUCCUAAAUAUGGAUUCUCCUGGCCCUAUGCUGGAUGAAAAACGAAUAAAUAAUAAUAUAUUUAGUUCAUCUGAAGAUGACAUUGUUGUUGCCCCAGUCACCCAUGUAUCCGUCACAUUAGAUGGGAUUCCUGAAGUGAUGGAAACUCAGCAGGUGCAGGAGACAUAUGUGGAUUCACCAGGAGCCUCAUCACCAGAACAACCUAAGAGAAAGAAAGGGAGGAAAACUAAACCACAACGACCAGAUUCCCCAACCACUACACCAAAUAUAUCUGUGAAGAAGAAAAACAAAGAUGGGAAGGGAAACACAAUUUAUCUUUGGGAGUUUUUACUGGCCCUGCUCCAGGACAAAGCUACCUGUCCUAAAUACAUAAAAUGGACCCAAAGAGAAAAAGGCAUUUUUAAAUUGGUAGAUUCUAAGGCAGUAUCCAGGUUGUGGGGGAAGCACAAAAACAAACCUGAUAUGAAUUAUGAGACCAUGGGAAGAGCACUCAGGUACUAUUACCAAAGGGGUAUUCUGGCAAAAGUGGAAGGCCAGCGCUUGGUGUAUCAGUUUAAAGAAAUGCCAAAAGAUCUUAUCUAUAUAGAUGAUGAGGAUCCGAGUUCCAGCAUGGAGGCUUCAGAUCCUUCACUAUCUUCAACAACCACUUCAAGUCGGAACCAAGCAAGCCGAUCAAGAGUAUCUUCAAGUCCAGGGGUAAAAGGAGGAGCCACUACAGUUCUAAAACCUGGGAAUUCUAAAGCUACAAAACCCAAAGAUUCCAUGGAAGUUGCACAGCCAUCAGAAGUUUUGAGGACAGUGCAGCCCUCACAGUCUCCAUAUCCCACCCAGCUCUUCCGGACUGUUCACGUAGUACAGCCAGUACAAGCUGUCUCAGAAGGAGAAGGAACCAUAACCAGUAGCAUGCAGGAUGAAACAUUAAAUUCUUCUGUUCAGAGUAUUAGGACAAUACAGGCUCCAACCCAAGUUCCAGUAGUUGUAUCUCCUGGGAAUCAACAACUGCAUACAGUAACACUCCAGACAGUGCCACUCACAACGGUUAUUGCCAGCACAGAUCCAUCAGCAGGUGCUGGAUCUCAGAAGUUUAUUUUACAAGCCAUUCCAUCAUCACAGCCCAUGACAGUACUGAAAGAAAAUGUCAUGCUACAGUCACAGAAGUCAGGCUCUCCUCCUUCAAUUGUCUUUAGCCCUGCCCACGUACAGCAGGUUCUCACUAGCAAUGUUCAGUCCAUUUGCAAUGGAACCGUCAGUAUGGCUUCAUCUCCAUCCUUCAGUGCUACUACACCUGUAGUGACCUUUUCUCCUCGAAGUUCACAACUGGUUGCUCAUCCACCUGGCACUGUAAUCACUUCAGUGAUAAAAGCUCAAGAAACAAAAACUCUUAAUCAAGAAGUAGACAAAAAAGAAGCUGAAGAUCAUUUGAAAGAAGACACUGAGAAAACUGAACAACAGCCACAGCCUUAUGUGAUGGUGGUAUCCAGUUCCAAUGGAUUUACCUCUCAGGUAGCUAUGAAACAAAAUGAACUACUGGAACCCAACUCUUUUUAAUGAAUAUGCCAAAGGAAUUAUUGGUAGUUGGUUUUUAAUUCAACUCAUUAUCAGCUGUAUGCAAACAAUCUGAUUGAUUCUAAGAUAAAUGCUACAGAGGUUCUUAAUUUUGUAACCGUUAAAAAAAUUGAGUUAACUUUGACUUUGUUAGAUGAGGGAGGAAAACCCAAGUGUUUCUCUUUGUUCUCCGAAUGUUUCAGGAUUCAGUUGUGAAGGAACAGACAUUUUAUACUAUGAAGACAUUCUUUUGAGAUUUUUUCAGUUAUAAGUAUUUUUAAAGUUUCUUUUCUAAUUUUACAUUGUAUUAGGUUUUCUGAUUCUUUUGUAAAUACAGUGCUUAUGUGUAAGGCAAAAGGAAAUUUAUAUAGGAAUUAUUUUCAUUCCACUUAAGUCUUGACUCUUUGAAAUGCCAGAAACCUAUUUUAUGCUUUGUUAAAAUUAUGAUGCCAUUUAGAUUGACUUUAGUUAGCUACACUGUAUAUUGAGCUAUGAAUACGUAAAAUAACAUUAAAAAUUGAAGUGUGCCCAGGAUAUGACUGUGAGCCUGUUUUAAAAGCAGGACAGUGUAAACGCAUCAGCCUAAGAAUGGCUUUCCCACUAACUAGCUGUGUAACACUGGACAGCUACUUGAUUUUUUGGGGCUUUAGAUUGUCUGAUAAAAGGAAGCACUGGACUAAACCAAAUGAUCUCCAAUUUCCCUUCUAGUUCUAAACUUUAUGAUCCUAAUACCUACUUUUUAAAGUUAUGUCCACCAAAA